AUGGCAACCGUUCUCGCCCAAGAUAUUGGCGACAAGAAGACGCCUACCGAGUCAACUAUCUCGCUCGAUAGUGACGGCAUACCGCCAUUGGGAGUACCGAAGGAAGAGAAGCGCUUUUGGUUCCAGCGUAACAAAGACUUCGACAUCAACGCGAUCGCGACACAGCCCAGCGUAUUUGACGAUCCCCAGACGGUAGAGAAAUACCAACCCCGCGAUGACUGGGAAAACGUACACCGUUUCGAUCCGAAAGCACGUUGGACGUGGGCGGAGGAAUAUGCGAUCGUCCGGAAAAUAGACUGGAGGAUUAUGGUCUGGGCCUGCGUCAUGUUUAUGGCGCUUGAGUUGGAUAGAGCGAACAUAUCGCAAGCUCUGACGGACAACUUUCUCAAUGAUCUUAAUUUGUCAACGAACGACUACAAUCUUGGAAACAGCGUGUUCAAGUUAUCAUUCUUGAUUGCAGAACUACCCUCCCAGCUUGUGUCUAAGUGGAUGGGACCCGAUCGAUGGAUUCCGAGUCAAAUGGUUCUGUGGUCUAUCGCGGCCGGGGGGCAAUUCUGGCUUUCGGGUCGGAGCUCGUUUUUGGCAACGCGGGCUUUGCUAGGAAUAAUUCAGGGAGGGUUUAUCCCCGAUGUUAUCCUAUACCUCUCAUACUUCUACAAACACCACGAACUAACCAUUCGCCUUGGGUUCUUCUGGACUAUGAUGAGUGUCGCCGAUAUCCUCUCGGCGCUUAUCGGUGCCGGUCUUCUGAAGAUGAGAGGAGUUCUCGGGUAUUCUGGCUGGCGUUGGUUGUUCCUACUGGAGGCCUUGAUAACUCUGAUCGUGGGGCUAUUCUCAUUCGUCCUAAUGCCGGCUGGCCCCUGUCAGACAGCUAGCUGGUUUCGAGGAAAGAAUGGUUGGUUUACGCCCCGAGAAGAGACUAUCAUCGUGAAUAGAGUGCUUCGAGAAGACCCGAGCAAGAGCGGUAUGCACAAUCGCCAGCCUAUAACUCCGAAGCUGUUAUGGAAAUGUCUCCAGGAUUUCGAUCUUUGGCCGCUGUACAUCAUCGGACUUACCUUUCAGAUCCCCUCUGUUCCAGAGCAGCAGUACUUGACACUCUCGCUCCGGCAGAUGAAGUUUGACACCUUCACAUCAAAUCUAUUAUCCAUUCCAUAUACAGUAAUCCACAUCUUUACGAUGCUUGCAAACACAUACGCAGCUGAAAUAUUCGGGGAACUCACUUUCGUCGCGAUGAUUGGACAAUUAUGGAUCCUGCCUUUCUUGAUAUAUCUUAAUGUGGCCGAUACAGCGAGCGCAAGUAGAUGGGUCAUCUGGACUGUGACAACUCUCUUACUAGCAUACCCAAAUGCCCAUGCUAUCCAAGUCGCCUGGAACUCGCGGAAUUCCAAUACCGUGCGAUCUCGUACAGUGUCAGCUGCAUGCUACAACAUGUUCUGCCAGGCCGGUGGCAUCAUAGCAUCGAAUAUCUAUCGGGUAGACGACGCGCCACUCUACCGCCGGGGUAAUCGACAACUCAUAGCUAUUCUGGCCGGAAAUAUCGGCAUAUACUGCCUCACUAAGGUAUACUACGUCCUUAGGAAUAGGUACAGGGAUAAGAAAUGGAAUGUCAUGAGUGCGGAGGAGAAAUUAGAGUAUCUAUCGACGACAACUGACGAGGGGAAUAAGCGUUUGGAUUUCCGAUUUGCGCAUUAA